GAUGUGAGCGCGAGAGUACAGUGACAGCGCCUCGUCCACUGUACGCAACCCUGAGCGCCGCUCAGCAAUAUCUUAUGCAUAUGAACGAGAAAUAGCAGCAGAACAUGGAAUGUGACUAGGCAACAUUCAGCUUUAUUUGCAACUCGUCAUCCGCCCUAAAUUGAACAAAAAUGGUCACUCGGGGUUCAAGAUUUUAAACGUUGCAUUCAGUAGAAAAAGCCAACCGCUGAUAUUAUUAACCAGGUGUUCAUUGCCCUUCUUGUAGUCCGGGAAUUACGUUGAGAGAUUUUAAAUUUUUCUUGAGUUUUUAUUUAUUUAUAUAUAUAUAUAUAUUAUUAUUAUUAUUUUUUUUUUUUGGGUGUUUAAGAAUAUACGACAGCUGCUGUCUGGAUAUUAAUUUUACAGUCGGAUUGUCUUACCAUCAUGAGCACGAGCGUAGUACCCUAUCAGCAUAGCUCGUGCAGCAGCGAACGACGCUCUGGACCAAUCAACUGCUAUCGUUGCCAGGAGGUGUGCAAAGGGGAGGUGGUACGAGUGCAAAGUGUACACUUCCACAUCAAAUGCUUCACCUGCCAAGUGUGUGGCUGUGAUUUGGCACAUUCUGGAUUCUUUCAGAAGAGUGGUGAAUAUAUCUGCACAGCAGACUACCAGCGGCUGUAUGGCACAAAGUGUGACAGCUGUGGGGAUUUUAUCUCAGGGGAGGUGGUCUCCGCACUGGGACGGACAUACCAUCCACAGUGUUUUGUCUGCAGUGCGUGUAGGAAACCUUUUCCAAUUGGGGACAGAGUGACGUUCAGUGGUAAAGAAUGUGUAUGUCAGCAGUGCUCCCUCAAGCUGGUUAAUUCCAAUGAGCCAAUCAAAAUCCACGGGCCAAGUCACUGUGCAGGAUGUAAGCAGGAGAUCAAACAGGGUCAAUCAUUGCUAGCAUUGGAGAAACAGUGGCACGUCAGCUGCUUUAGGUGUCAGACUUGUGGCCUGGUCCUGACAGGCGAGUACAUCAGCAAAGAUGGCAUUCCUUACUGCGAGUCAGACUACCAUGCCCAGUUUGGGAUAAAGUGUGAAACCUGUGAAAGAUACAUCAGUGGACGAGUGCUAGAGGCCGGAGGAAAGCACUAUCACCCCACAUGUGCUCGUUGUGCCCGUUGUCAGAUGAUGUUUACAGAGGGAGAGGAGAUGUACCUCACAGGUUCAGAGGUCUGGCAUCCUGUGUGUAAACAGGCAGCACGCUCAGAGAGGAAACUAAGAUUCAGGCGCACAUCAGAAACCUCAGUCUCUCCUCCAGGCUCCAGCAUUAGUUCACCCAGCAGGGUCAUCUGUGCGAAAUUGGAGAACGAGCUCCUUGAUUACAAAGACUUGGCAGCACUGCCUAAGGUUAAAGCCAUUUAUGAGGUUCAGAGGCCAGACCUCUGGUCCUAUGAGCCCUGUCACAGAUACUGCUCCGAUGACAGGCUAGAGCACCUCAGCUAUGGGGAGUCCUUGGGAACACUCUCCCCUUAUUCUCAGGACCUGUACGACAGUAUGGACAUUAGGCUGAGGCGAUCCUCCAGUCCAGGGUACAUAGACUCCCCCACCUACUGCAGGCAGGGCAUGUCUCCUAUUAUGCCUCGCUCUCCUCAGCACUACUAUAGAUAUGGCACUGAGAGUGGCAGAAGUUCACCCUAUUACAAUCAGCUAGAUGCCCGGUCCAGCACACCCACCACAAACCAAGCUCCCAAGCAUUUCCAUGUACCAGCCUCAGGAGAGCCCAACAUCUAUAGGAAGCCUCCCAUCUAUAAGAGACAUGACAAUCACUGCAAUCCAGCAGCUAAGAGCAAGACGAGUGAGGACAUUGUCCAUUCCUCCAAGUUUUCCUUAGCCUACUCACCUGAACACUACCAGCAAUCAGAGCCUGAUUACUACCAUUACACCAGCUCUCCUAAAUCUCUACGUGCUCCACGGAGAAGAUACUCAUCAGGAGGAGAAGAGGAUGGUUGGAGUCACGGUCUUCAAAGAAUUCAGGGUGGGAUUGGCAGGAUGAUCCUAAAGGAGGAGAUGAAAGCCCGCUCUGGUUCCUAUGACAACGACCCCUGGGGUAGUGCACGAAACUCCCGCAGUGGGAGCAGGGAGAUGUUACACAGCAUGGGCCACAACAACACAGUUAACGGCUCUCCUCGGACAAACUUGGCAGCUGAGAAUGACUACAUUUCCAAAUCAGCAUCUUUACCAGGAUAUGGCAGGAAUGGAUUAAACAGGCCACAAAGUGCUGACUACGUUCAGUAUGACAGUGGCAGUGAAGCUGACUGGGGAAUCAGAGAGUACAAGAUUUACCCAUAUGAAGCACUGAUUGUGACCACUAGAGGGCGAAACAGAUUGCCAAAGGAUGUAGACCGGGCCAGAUUAGAGCGGCAUCUGUCCCCUGAAGAGUUCUUUCAGGUGUUUGGGAUGACAGUGGCAGAAUUUGACCGGUUGGCACUGUGGAAGAGGAAUGAGAUGAAGAAACAAGCCAGGCUGUUCUAGUGUGCCUGCCUCACACACCCAGAGACCUGAUUACCUGUUCCAGUCUAACUUAAACAAAUCCUGUGUCUCAGAUAUAUAGUCAUGCCUGGACUGUUGCUAAAAAUGUGCAACUGUCCUGUUUGACAGGGGCAUAUAAAUGAUCAGACAGGCUAAAAUACAUGACAAAGAAAGACAACUUAACAGGAAUGAUGGGCUCAUUUUAGGUUUUCCCUUGAGUAAAGUGAUUCUUUUUUCUUAAUGUAUGACAAAAAUAAAAAAUCAGGAAUUAGAUGAAAUUUGAAUUAUGCUUUAUGUUCUCAGUUUGUUUAUGCACCAGCAAAAAGUGUUAACAGAAUAUAGAUAAAAUUAUAUAGUAUUAUACUAGUAUGGGAUUUGAUGAUUAAUCUGACAUCGUCCAUCUUCAGUUCAAAAGUUAAGCAAGAACAUUAUUUUGAAAUAUUAAAUUUUAAAUAUAAUGAUUUUUUUUUUCAGUUUCUUUCACUAUUAUAGAAGGACUACAUAAGUUUAGAAGGGGUGAAAUAAUAAAUAAGCGAUGAUUUGUUCGACAAUGAAUACCAAAGUCUGACUGUUAUUUGUACUGUUAGCAGAAGAAUGGGAUAGCAAAUACUGAAUGUAUUUUACACAAAAAUAUUUUAGGAUUAGACUAAGUAUGCUGAGCCAUACAUUAGAUAUUAUGAUGGUAGAGAUAUGUAUGAUGUAUGAAAUAAACCAUAAAAAUGAAACAGAUACUACAAAAUGAUUAUGGUGCAAUGUUUUUUUUCUUUUCCCAAAUAUUAUGCUUUUUAAAAAUAUUUUGUCUCAUAUUUAACAUCACCCCUGGUACGAUUGAUCAGAUAAUGCUGUGAUACAUUAAAGAGGAAUAUUAUCUUUUUGAUCCAUGCCAAGGCGAUUCCUGUGUUAUGCCAUAUGAUUUUAUAUUGUUUUAUCUAAUGAUGCAGAUGUAAGUAAAUAUGAAUUGUCUGGAGAAUGACGGGGAUGGCAUGUUCACAAUCACAUAUAAUUAGACUGAAAUGCACAUCUUACCAGCGAGUGAGAUAAUAAACUGCAAGCUUAAUUUGAACCUAACAGUAACCAUUGGGUCUUUCAUGCCAAGAGAUAAUUACAUCCUCAGCUGUCUAAAGUAAUUUUGUACCUCACUGACAAACAAGCACAACAAUCUUGUUUUCUGCCUUUGUGUGUAGUGUUUACAAUCUGUUUGCCCAAUAGAUGAAGUGUUCUAUUAAUUUCAUAGUGAAGGAAGAGAGCUGUAUAAUAAUCAUAUUUUUAAUUCUCUCUUUAUAAAUCACUACUGCUACCUUGCUAACUUUAUUUAUCUGUCAGUUUCAAC